AUGAACCGCUCUCAGCGAUCCCGGACCGUCUGCUAUCGCUGCCACAGACGAAAGACGGCUUGCGACCUACAGCUUGCGUCAGGACCAGACGCGAAAUGCAGUGCUUGCAAAGCCGUAGGAGCCGACUGUUUGCUCCGCCCUUCAAACAAAGGCCGUCGCCUGCACUCGGCUUCCGGAUCGGCCCCGAUAGAACAGGCGAGGCUGGCUGGCUGUGAGCGAAAGCCUUUUAGCUCCUUGACUCCGGCGUAUCUUGGUGAAAUGAGCUUCCAUACUAUUUUCACCCCAAGCACUGGCCAUCUGCAGAGAGAUGAUACAGUGAGGGUCGGUGAUUCUUCUGCCCACGCUCUCGGGAAAGAGAAUACGGGCUUCUGCCACGAACCAAUUGACCAGAUACCGGCCAGAAACCGGCGCGGCAACCUUGAAGUCUUCUAUGAGUUCUUCUACACUUGGUGUCCCAUACUCGACGUUGACUUGAAAGAGGAAAGCGCAAGUGAUGCCCAGUGCAUCGCUGUGGAUCAUGCACUUGCACUGGUUUCAGGCAACUUGCGAGCACCGCUUACUCCUCACGCAUCGGAUAGCGAGCACUAUUUACGGGCUCGUCAGCUGUUCUACUCGUGCAGCAACAUGAAUGAGAUCGAUCGUAUUCGAACGUGCAUGCUUUUCUACUGGUGGAGCGCUACUCCUCCGAACAUGGCUAGCAUGGACAAUAGCUUCUGGUGGACAGGGCUCGCUAUACGGAUGGCGCAGCAGAUAGGAUUGCAUCGGGAACCCAGCGCAUCAGAUUCGAAUGCUGCACUCAAACGGCGUAUCUGGUGGACACUUUAUGCUCGCGACCGCAUCAUCUCUUGGUGUCAAGGUCGCCCAUGCAUCAUCGACGACGACUACUGCGACGUACGAUCGCCCUUGACGUCCGACUUCCCGCCUAGCAAAUCUCACGAGGCAGAGAUCUUUGUACACUGGCUCCGUCUGACUUUUGUCGUAGGCCACGUGAACAAAACCCUGUUCAGAGCCCGCCUUGCUGGCGGCUCAAUCUCGACACCUCCUCUCGCUGCACACCUUGUCCAAUGGAUUCGCUCUCUACCGAUACAGCUUUCGCUCCCCCUGGCGAACGACCAAGCCAUCCCUUACGAACGCGACGUGCUCCUUUUACAUCUACCUUACCUCAGCAUGAUAUCGCUCAUCUACCUCACGCCAACACAAAGUCGUCUGCCAGGGGCGUCCGUAGCAGCGGUAGUAGCGGCAGCUUGCACAGCCCGUAUAAUUGAUGAGUUUCUAGCUAGGGGUCACCUUCGCUUCCUCCCGGGAACCGUUGGGUGGUACAUCGCCGUUGCUGUGCUCUCAUUGAUGCCAGUGCUCUCGUUGCAGCACCUAAAUUCGCAUGCAUUGGCGCACAUCCGCACGCUACUCGUAGCACUGGAACACAUGGCUUCUCAGUGGCACUCUGCAAGAGGCUUGCACACUGAGUUAUCCAAGCUAUUUGAAUAUGACAGUCUGACAGCUCUACGAGCUACUCAAGAUCAGACCGACGAAGCUUCGACGUCGCCGCGUAGCGCUCAGCUCUCCAGUCUCCGAGAGCUUUGCGCAGGGGACGGCGUCGUUUGGGCCGACUUCUUCCCUUUCGUAACGGAGAAGACCAGUCCGCUCGUCGCUGUCAUCCUCUUGGAAUGUCAACAUUCAUAUCCAGACUUAUGGCCUGGUAACGACUGGCCAAGCGUCUUUGAUGAGUUCUUCGAAGAGUUCGGUACUUUACCAUCUGGGGAACUUCACGCAUCAUUGGGCUGA